UGUUGUUCCCUCCGAGCCUCCGUAGAACAAACCUGCUACUCUUCUGUUUGGAGACAAUUAACCAGCUAAGUUACUCUCUGACGCUGUGACGACUAUUACCAGAGCUCGUGUGAUGACUCAAAGAUGACCUGCGGCUCAUGACCGACUCACACUGUCACUUUUUAGCAGGUCAAAUUCGAGGUUCCACACAGGGUGACCCAUGCUUUCUGAUGAGCUCGACUCCAAACCAGAGCUGCUGGUGCAGUUUGUGCAGAACGCGUCCAUCCCGCUGGUUCAGGGUUUGGAGGACUCGGAGUCCAAACACUCCUGCCUGCCUCUGCUGACUCCGGCUGAGAGCUCCCUGUGCAGCCCGUUGGAGCUCACAGACGGAGGCCUGAGCCAUGAGCCGGAGACUUCUCCCUCGCUGUCGGAGUUCGGAGGAGUGUCGGAUCAAAGCACGCUGGUGGUCCAGACUCACUCCCACCACCGGGCCACACCGAGCCCGCCGCCCAUCCUCCACGACCUGCAGCAGUCCGACAGCACCUCCUACGUCCUGCUGAACCUUGCAAAAGGCAUCACGGCCUCCUCAGAGUCGCUGAUCUUCGCCGCAGAUGGCGCCGGAGAUGACGACGACGAGGGCGUCUCAUCGGGGGACUACGGGAUAGAUGGCAGCGCUCCCUGGUAUCUGCGGGUGCAGGAGCUGGCGCACGACAGCCUCAUCGCCGCCACACGGGCUCAACUGGCGAGGGACGCCAAGGCCAGCCAGGACGCCAGAGCCGCAAGUGUCGGUGACCACACACACGGUUUGAUAGCGGAGGGGGACAAGCGGGAGCUGCCGUCUCGAACCAGCCGCCCACUCUCCAAGCAGAUCCUGCGCUGCUCGUUUGAGGGCUGCUGCAGGACGUUCACCUGGCCGGCUCAUCUCAAAUACCACCUCAAAACACACAGGUAACACAACACACACACACACACACACACACAGACAGAGCAGAGGAAGUAAUGGAAGCCGGCAGCAUCCCAGCGGGGUGCCAGAGCAUCAAGAUUCAACCCAAUGUCUGUCUAAUCUGAUAUUAAUGUAAACAUACAGGCUUCCAAUCACAAGUUAUUAAACACGAUUAUAUGUGCAAAGCUAAGCUGCACUGAAUGUAAAAACCAAA